UGCCGCCACAAGACGCCCGCCGUCGGCCAAUCGACGCUCACCACGAUCCAAAAUCCCAGGAUUGCUAAAACGUCUGCUAGAAUGGCAGAGUUUCAGUUUUUCUCCAUUAUAUUAUUUAAUUUAUUGCUAUAUUUAGUUGCCUGUCUCGCUGAGAGGGACUUUUACAAAAUAUUGGAUUUGGAUAAGAGUGCCAAUGGGGACGAUAUAAAGAAGGCGUAUAGGAAAUUGGCUAGGGAGCUGCAUCCCGAUAAAAAUAAAGAUGAUCCGGAUGCGUCACGUAAGUUUCAAGAUUUGGGAGCAGCGUACGAAGUGCUGUCCAACGAAGAGAAAAGGGAGCUCUAUGAUAAAUGCGGAGAAGAGUGUUUGAAAAAGGAAGGUAUGGCUAAUCCGGCUGACCACUUUGCAAAUUUCUUUGGUGAUUUCGACUUUCAUUUUGGUGGAGAAUCUCGUAAUCAAAAUCAGCCUGUGAGAGGUUCUAACGUUAUCAUAGAUCUUGUUGUCUCGCUGGAAGAAUUAUACAGUGGCAAUUUCGUUGAGAUUACCAGAAACAAACCCGUUAUAAAAACCGCUAGAGGAACUAGAAAGUGUAAUUGUAGGCAAGAAUUAAUCACGCGUAAUUUAGGAAACGGCCGCUUCCAAAUGAUGCAGCAGGCGGUAUGUUCAGAAUGUCCUAAUGUAAUUUUUGUAAAUGAAGAACGAGUACUUGAAGUAGAAAUCGAGCCUGGAAUGGUUAAUGGGCAAGAAACAAAAUUCACGGCUGAGGGUGAACCUCAUCUUGACGGGGACCCUGGAGAUUUAAUUUUUAAAAUUAAGACACAGCCACAUCCAGUCUUCGAGCGAGUUGGCGAUGAUCUCUAUACUAACGUUACAAUAUCUUUACAAGAUGCUUUAAUCGGUUUUCAACUUGAGAUUACACACCUAGACGGGCAUAAAGUGGCAAUUCAAAGGGAUAAAAUUACUCGACCCGGUGCGCGUAUGCGCAAGAAAGGCGAAGGAAUGCCAAAUUAUGACAACAAUAAUCUCCAUGGAAUUUUAUACAUCACAUUUGAUAUUGCAUUCCCUGAAUCGGAAUUCUCGGAAACUGAGAAGGAAGAUAUAAAGAAGCUCUUAAAUCAAAGAUCGGUAAAUAAAAUAUAUAAUGGACUUAGGAGGAAUUAGUAAUUAACAGCAAAUCCAUCGAUCGAGUGAAGCAAUUUAUAAACAAGUAUGAUGCUGGAGAAGGUCAUGAACUAAGAGCCACUAUGUGUUAACGCCCAUUCCAGACUCAGUUGAUUAUGGCUAUCGGUGAAAUUUAAUUCCGAGAUAAUUGUCUGGCAUACGUUUACAAAAAAUAAAUUGUGACACAAAUUCCAAAAAUCAGACUUAAAAACAUAAUGUUCAGAAUGCUGUAUUUUUGUAUUCUGUAACAGUGAUUUGAAAGAAUUUAAAUUAAUAACGCAUAAUUUAAAGCGUGUAUGUUGUGUGAAUGCUUGAUUAAAAAAAAAAAAAAAAAAAAAAAAAAAAAAAAACAAAAA